GUUGAAUCACUUCCGCAGUCAACCAAUGAACUGACAAUAUGUUGGCAACAAGCAGAAUAUUCCGACUUUGUACACAAUAUUCUUUUCAAUGUGUCAAAAGAAAUGCAUUUCAUUGUUCAUCAGUUCGAAGCGCAAAGGUUGCCGUGGUAUUGUCCGGAUGUGGAGUAUACACUAAUGCCACCCCGAUUGUGUUAUCUUUUCAGGUAUUGUCCGGAUGUGGAGUAUAUGAUGGAACAGAAGUACACGAGGCCUCAGCGAUAUUAGUUCAUCUUAGUAGAAAUAAAGCAGACGUAUCCAUGUUUGCACCGGACAUUGAACAAAUGCAUGCUAUCGACCACACGAAAGGAGAACCAAUGCCAACAAAUAGGAAUGUCUUAGUAGAAUCAGCACGUAUCGCCAGAGGCAAAGUGCAAGCACUAUCAAAUCUUACAGCCAAUGAUUACGAUGCAGUCAUAUUUCCAGGCGGGUUUGGAGCAGCUAAAAAUUUGUCAAAUUUUGCCGUUGAUGGUGCUAACAUGAAAGUAAACAGUGAUGUAGGACGUAUUAUACAAGAAUUUCACAAAGGCAACAAACCUAUUGGGCUGUGUUGCAUUGCUCCAGUUUUGGCUGCAAAAGUGAUUCCCGGAUGUGAAGUUACAGUCGGUUCAGAUCAAGAAGAAGGAGGCAAGUGGCCAUAUGCUGGAACAGCCGCGGCUAUUGCAACAAUGGGGGCAUCACAUCAGAAGAAAGAUGUCACUGAUGUACAUGUAGAUCAGAAAAACAAAAUCAUAACUACACCUGCCUACAUGUGUGAAACUGCACUACACGAAAUAUUUGAUGGUAUUGGCAAAAUGGUUACUGGUGUUUUAAAACUUACCACGUGAUGUUGUUAUAAGUAUUUGACUAUAAAACAGUAUUGAUGUUGAGAACAAAGAAUGUGUUUUCUUUUACACCUGUUAUUGAAAUAAAGUGACUGUAGAACGUGUGGUAUUAAAUAACAGAUUUCUUAA